CGCGGGUUCGCCGUCCGCGCCGCCGCCUCGCUGGGCCCGGCGGGCUCACGUGACCGAGGCGGGCUGUGCUGUGGAGCGGCGGGCCGCGCUGAGGCGGUGGUGGCGGUGGCGGCUGCGGCGGCGACCGCAGCCCGGGACGUAGCGGCCUGGUGAGGGACAGACCGCUCGCCCUGUCGGACAGCCGCGGCGGAGGAGAAAAAUGGCGGAGGCUUCGGCGGCCGGUGCGGACGCGGGCGCCGCCGUAGCCGCGCACCGGUUUUUCUGCCACUUUUGCAAGGGCGAGGUCAGCCCCAAACUACCGGAAUAUAUUUGUCCCAGAUGUGAAUCAGGCUUUAUUGAAGAAGUGACAGAUGAUUCCAGUUUUUUAGGUGGUGGUGGCAGCCGGAUAGACAAUAGCACAUCCACACAUUUCGCAGAGCUCUGGGACCAUUUGGAUCACACGAUGUUUUUCCAAGAUUUUAGACCAUUUCUAAGUAGCAAUCCACUGGACCAAGACAACAGAGCCAAUGAGAGGGGUCACCAAACCCACACUGACUUCUGGGGACCAAGCCGGCCUCCUCGGCUGCCGAUGACGCGGAGAUACAGAUCUCGGGGAAGUACUCGCCCUGACAGAUCACCAGCUAUUGAAGGAAUAAUGCAACAGAUCUUUGCAGGAUUCUUUGCAAAUUCUGCAAUUCCUGGAUCCCCACACCCUUUUUCCUGGAGCGGGAUGCUGCACUCCAACCCUGGGGACUAUGCCUGGGGUCAGACAGGGCUUGAUGCCAUUGUAACCCAGCUUUUAGGACAACUGGAAAACACAGGGCCUCCCCCAGCUGACAAAGAGAAGAUUACAUCUCUUCCAACAGUGUCAGUAACUCAGGAACAAGUUGAUAUGGGUUUAGAGUGUCCAGUGUGCAAAGAAGAUUACACAGUUAGAGAGGAAGUCCGGCAGUUGCCCUGCAAUCACUUCUUUCACAGCAGUUGUAUUGUGCCGUGGUUAGAACUGCAUGACACGUGUCCCGUAUGUAGGAAGAGCCUAAAUGGUGAGGACUCUACCCGGCAAUCCCAGAGCUCUGAGGCUUCUGCAAGCAACAGAUUUAGCAGUGACAGCCAACUGCAUGACCGAUGGACUUUCUGAAACUAAAGAGCACACCUGCACCAGGGCUGUGGUGGUCUUCAGAACCAUAGCUGCAAAUUGUAUCGAAACAAAAGAGAAUAGAUGGAUUUAGGAGUCACAUAAGAAACCCAACCCGUAACAUUAAUGCAAUGAGUGUUUUUCUUCUCUAAAUUUAAAGUUAGUAUCUACAGAUGAAAUUGUGUCUACAACCAAAUGCCUCUUAUUCCUGAAUUCAGAGUGAUACUUUUAUAAGUGUGAAACUUAAUUAUGUGGGUUUCCCUUGCCUGAAUAGAAUCAAUUCCUUAAAGUCUAGCUAGGGCCCCGCUACCUGUCAUGUCGCCUUGUAAUGGAUGUUCCUCCUCCUUCCCAACCUCUGCCCCUCCUUUAGCGUAUUUUACAGUAACUACAGUGGAAUCAGAGCCCUAAAGUCUCACCAAUAGAAAGUCCUUUUGUCUUAAUUGUACAUAGCACCUGUUCUUGACCACAUGAGUUGCAAGGUGAGGUCAGACUAAUUCAGGAAUCUGAGACUGAUUCUUUUGUUUUGUCUUGAUCCUCAGCAAAUCAAAGAAAUUACAGUGAGAAGGAAAAAAGUGGCUUAUUGUCAUAUACAUGGGUUUCUCAUAUUUUUAAAGUCUGCUUCAGGACAUACAGUUUCCCAAGGAACUGAUAUGAUUUCUCCUAGGAGUCUUAUGUUGGUAGGAAUCUGAUUCUGAUUCCUUUUUGGGAUUGAGUUGGACAACAUAUAGGCACAGAAAGAUAAGUGUUUGAAAUCUGUGGUUCUGAUUUUUAAUGAUUCCCAAUCAUUGUUUACUAUCUUUUGCUCCAGGGACCUUAAAAUAAUUUCCUUUAUAGAAAUUGAGUUUUGUCAUUACUGCUUCUACAGCCAAUUCACUAUUUUUGGUAACUCGGUGGUCUUGAGAAAUGGAGAUUUUCAUUGCCUUAUUUUAAUUUUUAAGCCCAUUUUUCAUUUCUGGAACUUUGCAGUUCUGCUUGGUUCCAACUAUACUUGGAGUCAAAGUGAUUAAUAUGAUCGUGCCCCAAACAGCGUAACCUGGGAGAGAUAGGCCUUAGUUUAUUCAGCCUAACAAUGUCCCAGGUGCAUGCUUUUUGAAGCAUUUGAGUGUUUAAAGUUGAAUAGGUGAAGAAGAUCAAGAAUACCGUUGGAACUUCAGAAUCUCAAAGGAAAAUAAUGGCAACAUGUAGCAGCUGUUGAUGUACCAAAAAGGCUGUUAGUGGUGUGCAGAGGGGCAUCAUUUGCAUGGUCACACCAGCCUUACGUAGUUUGGAAUGAUCGCAAUAAGAAUGCCACUCUUUGUUGAGUCUCUUUCUCGGCUAGGAGACUCUCCCUCGGUUUUGUCUUUUGUCGACUGCCAUGCACUGGGUUGGUGGUAGGAGGCGGGGCUUAGAGGUAUCUUUGUGUUUUGACAGAGAAUGAAGGAGUUGGGGAGGGAAGGAUGAUUUAGGUUGGGCCCAGAGGGAAUAAAAGAUGUUUUCUUGUGCACCUCUCAUACCAUACCUCUGUGGCGAUUGCUUUUUGGGGAAUGGGAUCUGUUUACUAUGUCUAGCCCAUGAAAUGUGGCCUGAGAAUACACACUGGUUUCAGAGGAGGGUGGGGAGAGGAGAGACAUAUACUGCAAAUAUUUGGCCACUGUUUAGGUAGAAGAAGGCUGUUUUAAAGUUGGAGCGCAUUACAGUUUUCAAGUAGAAUAAUAUCAGCUGCCUUAGAAAAAUUAUGACAGGCUGGAAACUUUUGUCUGCCUGUUAGUAUCAGGAGAUGCCAGGACAGGUGGCAUCUGUCCAGGAUGGACACAGUGCUAGUUAGAGAUCUGCCUUGGGAGCGAACGCUCUCUGUGGCAGACAGCAGCAGACUGAGUUACCUGGAGCCUCCUCCACUGGUUUGCUCUGAUGGAAGACAGAGGCCCAGGUUCAUAGGUUUCCCAGACUAGUCCCACUUAAUGAAUCUGUAGUGUUUCUUCCUCCAGGGAGCGGCAUCUCCGAUUUCCAGAUUAAUUUGUGUUAAGGAGUUAGAGUUCUUCACAGAAGCAGAACCAGUACGGAGGGUAUAUAUGUCCCUAUGGGAAGAAGUUUAUUAUAAGGCAUUGGCUCACACAGUUAAGAAGGCUGACAGUCCAAGGUCUACAGUGGCCAGCUGGGGACCCAGGAGAGCUGCUGGUGUAGCUCCGGGCCGCGCAUGAAGGCCUGAGCCAAGCGUGAGAUGAAGGCCAGUGGUGUAUGUUCCAGACUGAAAGCCAGCAGGCUGGAAACCCAAAGCAGAGCUGAUGUUUCUGUUCCAGUCGGGUAGGAGGUCCCUCUUACUCCCAAGGGAGGGUCAGCCUCUGUGUUCUGAUCAGGCCUUCAGCUGAGUGAAUGAAGGCCGCCCUCGUCAGGGAAGAUAGUCUGCUUUAGUCAAGUCCAUGGCUUCAUCCUGGCCGGCACACCCAGAAUAAUGUGUGACCAAAUACAGGACAUCCCAUGACUCAAUCUGACACAUACAGUUAAUCACCCCAAGGAGGAGAAACAGGAAUGAUGCCCGCAGAGUGACCCUCAUCCCGCUUAGGUUUUGCUAAGUUAGCAGUGUGUCUCUGAGAAAUGGCUGCCUUGGCUCAGAUAGUGCUGUGGGUAAACAGUGGGAGGAAUGUCUGUGGGUUGUGGAUCAGUUUGCUGGGUGUAUAAUUUGUUCUUCCUGCUUUCUUAAAAGAUUUUAUUUGAAAGGUAGAGUGAUAGGAGAGAGAAAGAGAUCUUUCAUCCAGUGGUUCACUUCUGAAAUGGCCACAAUGGCCAGGGCUGGGCCAGGCCAAAGCCAGGAGCCUGGAACUCCAUCUGGUCUGCCACAUGGGUGGCAGGGGCCCAGUACUUGGGCCAUCUUCUGCUGUCUUCCCACGCUUGUUAGCAGGUAGCUGGAUCAGAAGCGGAGCAGCCAGGGCUUGAACUGGUGCUUUAGUAUAGGAUUCCGGCUUAACCUACUACACCUUAAUUUACACCCCACCCCACCCCCCGCCCUCAUUUUUCUCCUUAGCCAAAAUUAGUCUGGAAUCUGAAGUGCCUCCCAUUCUAGGAAGAAACAUUUUAGAUUCAUUGGUCUAACACAAGAACAUGGCUAGGGUUAAGAGUUUAUUUCUAGGGAUCCUUUGUCCUUAAAUGUUUCGAACACAGUGUAGAUAACAGUACUAGACAGAGGGUGGAUAACCUGGGCUUCUCUCAGUAUUCAUUCGUUUCCAGCUGGAAGGCUUACCUGCAGGUCUCGAGCCCUUGCAGUAGCCAAGGGAGAGAGAAUUUAGCUUUCCCUGACGGUCAGAAGAGAAAACUGGUGAUUCCUGAUCUUAAGCCCUUAGUGUGAACUUCAGGCCUGUACAUUCCUAUUAAAUGGCCUUCCCUUUGAAUUGCA